AUGGGUCUCGAGGAUUUCGAGCGUGAGCUUGCGCAGAGCAAGGAGAAGGAGAACCAUAGAAAGCGCGAGCGAAGUCGUAGCCCGGAUCGUGAUCAACGUCGUCGAAAGCAUCACCACCGCUCGUCAAGACACCACAAGGACCGGGAGGAUGAGGACCAACAGCAUAAACACAGUCACUCACGCCACAGCCGGCAUGGAAGGUCACAUCGCUCGGAGCGUCAGGAAGAGAAGGGAACCAAACCGAACAAGCAGCUUGAGGAUGCGACCGAGUCGAACCUCAAGCGGGACUCGUGGAUGGAGGCGCCUUCGAUAUUGGACGUGGACUAUGUGCAGCGGCGACGGGAAGCUGAGAAGCCGACCAAGGCGCGGGCAACGCGGGAUGAUUAUGAGCUUAGGAUACACAAGAACGAGCUGAAUCAUCAUCUACGGGAUAUUCAUAAGGAUACAGUCGAGGAGGCCAUCGCGGAUGAGCCGGCACAGCACGAAGUCGAUUAUGAGUUCGGAGAUGCCGGAUCAGCAUGGCGCAUGACGAAACUAAAGGCAGUCUAUAGACAGGCCGAAGAGUCCGGACGAUCUGUGGAAGAAGUAGCGCUGGAGCGCUACGGCGACUUGCGAGAUUUUGACGACGCAAGAGAGGAGGAGAUUGAGCUCGAUCGCCGGAAGAUGUACGGCAAAGACUAUGUGGGGAAGAUCAAGCCCAGUGGUGAGCUGUUUCAGGAGAGGAAGCUCAACAUGGGCAUCCGGAGAGAGUCAAGGUCGCAUCCAGACGAGAAGGAAGCGCCUCCACCUCGGCAGGGUGUUAUUAUGGACGAAAAAUCACCUCCUGCAAGGACUGUGCCACUUGACCAGACAGCGUUGAACAAGCUGAAAGCUCAGAUGAUGAAGGCCAAACUUAGGGGUGCUUCGGAUGCGGCAGAACUUGAGGCCAAGUACAACCUUGCUAUGUCGGAAGCUGCAAAUCGCAGAGAGCCGGAAGUAGUUGUUCUUGGCGCAAUGGAGAAUCGCAUGCUGGCAGGUGGUCGCAAAGGCGAAGUCAAGGCGAUUGAGAAUACGCGUGGGAGGGAGCGAGGCCUAGUAGAGGAGAAUGAAGACAUGAGUAUCGAGGACAUGGUCAGGCAAGAGCGUAGGACGCGUGGUCAGGCUGGAGGUGACGGUCUGAUAUUUGCGGAAAGGAUAGCGAAGGAUGUAAAGUUUGAUGAUGACUUGGAAUACAUGGACGACAACGCAACAAAGCUUGCCAAACGAGUCGAAAAAUCCGAGAUUAAUCUCCGCAACACAGCCAUUAGCGACUUUCAGAAGAUGAAUCGCAUCCUCGACACCUGUCCCCUCUGCCACCACGAAGACACUAACAAGCCCCCUGUAGCACCCAUUGUGUCUCUGGCGACACGGGUGUACAUGACGCUACCAACUGAGCCCGAGAUCAGUGAAGGCGGCGCUUGCAUCGUCCCCAUACAGCACCGCCUGAACCUCCUCGAAUGUGAUUCUGAUGAGUGGGAAGAGAUCCGCAACUUCAUGAAAUGCCUUACCCGCAUGUAUCACGAUCAGGGUCGCGACGUCAUCUUCUACGAGAACGCUGCGCACCCGCAGCGGAAGAGGCAUGCGGCUCUGGAGGUCGUGCCAUUGCCUUAUAGCUUGGGCGAGACGGCACCAGCCUUCUUCAGGGAAGCCAUCCUGUCCGCCGACGAGGAGUGGACACAGCACAAGAAGCUCAUCGAUACGCUAGCACGUGCGCGCGAUGGUUUGGGGAAGCAGGCAUUCCAGCGGACACUUGCCAAGGAGAUGCCGUACUUCCACGUGUGGUUCGAGCUUGAUGGCGGUCUUGGCCACAUUGUCGAGGACUCAAACCGCUGGCCGAAAGGCGAUCUGUUUGCCAGAGAAAUCAUUGGUGGUAUGCUCGAUGCGGAGCCGGACGUCAUCAAGCGACAAGGGCGCUGGGGCAAGAACGACAGGAGAGUUGAAGGCUUCAAGAAGCGAUGGAGGAAGUUUGACUGGACGAGGGUGUUAACGGACGCGCAAUAA